AGAAGCAGCAGGAAAAGCAAAAUAGGCGCAGCUCCUAAAACCAAACUGUUUUAAACGCAAUAUUUUGCAAAACUAAACGAAAAUAAAGUUAUCAGACCUUCAGGAAAUUCACUAAAGAUCGGGGAAGUCCCCAUUAAGUGAGUUUCAGUAUUUUGAACGAACCUUUCGAGUCCCGAGCCCCGAAAAGUUGCCGAUCCAGUAAGAGAUUCUUCGAGAAGUCCGUUCAGCCAAAAAGCCAUCAUGACCAAUCUGGAGAAGCAGCACGAGAUGGUGAAGCGCAGCCUGGUGCAGUUCAUCAGUGGCCACAUUCCAGGGGCCGACUUCAGCGUGGUGGACGAGAUUGUACUGUCGUACAUUAUCUCGAUUUUGGAGGAGGCCUCGCAGGACCCGUGCUUCGACGUGGAGGGCUUUGUGGAGAUGAUGGGCGCCUACUUCGAGGAGUUCUCCACCAUUGACCAGGGCAUCAUCUGCGACUGGAUCUACAAGCUGGCCAACGAGCUCACCGAGAUGGAAAAAAGCCAAGGAGACCAUGACAACAUCAACUUGUCGUUCAACUCCUUGAGCCUGUCGAGUAUUAUUCCCGAGUCCAAAUUGCGAGCUCGCAACUCGUCCACUUCUGAAAAGGACGAGCUCUCCUCAAACAGCAGCAGCAGCGGCGGUGGAGGCAACGGCAAGCGUUCCCAGCACUUGUCGGAAACCAGCGAUGGAGGUUCCACCGACAGCUCCAGUUCCACUUGCGACUAUUUCCUGGAUGAGACCGAAGUGCUUCAGGAAAUGUUCCCGGAUUCGGCCAUCGCCGAGAUCAAGCAUUGCAUCGCCAUUUCCAAAGGCGACAUCGAUAGCGCAACUCAGAUCCUCUUGCAUCGCCAAGAGACCAACCAAUGUAUUACUGACAAGUCCCAUACUACAUACAUCAAGAAGAAUGUUGUAGUUGACGAUAACGAGCUCAAAAAUCGCAUCAUUGCAAGGUACUCUUAUGUCGACAAGAACGCCACCCAGCGUGAGUACAAGCCUGUGGUGCCGAAGAUGGAGCCGCGCAAGCUGGUCCGCUACCGGGACAAUAAGAUCGUAUCGCUCAAGGGGGAGCGGUACACCGAGAUCAAGCGUGACGAAGAUGCUGAGUUAAAAAAACCCAAGAAGCAGAUUCAACCUAACUUAUCCGCAGCCACGACACCGAUCUCCGCCAGCGGCAUUAGCUGCAGUUCCGCCGGCAGCAGCAGCAGCCAUCCCGUAAACGGUCACAGUUUAUGCAAUCAGAUGCAUAUAGUUGGGCUGACCGCCACUAGACGCCAUGUUAGCACACAUCCCAGCUCCAUACCAGUGAUCCCCGCCAAGCUUAGCCAACGUUUAGAUGCUUCCCAACACGACGACGACGAUGAGGUGCAAGAGUUCAGAGUAAAAGACGAGUCACCGAGCACAGCGAAUCGGUUCCCAUAUCCGAGUGAGUAUGGCCAGGAGUCUGUGGCAUCGGUCGGCAUGCUGGUUCUUCUGUUGCUAGUGGGCCAUUGCCAUUGGACCUCGACCUCUCCCCUUCAUCGCGCCCAUCCCCAUGACAAAGACAGAAAGACUUUACAUACCAAAUUAGUUGAUAGUUAUGCUUUAGGACUACUACUCGCUUAUGCAAAUUUUGAGAGCUCAUACGCCGUGGUGGCCGCCUGCUUAUGAGUCCCGUUGCCGGGAGCAGGCGGCUCGGAUGGAUCUGGACUUGGAUACGAAUCCGAAUCCCUAUCCGUUGCCAGUUGUCGAUUAUGACGACUGGGGU